CGUGCUUGCUCCCAGAGUGGCCCUGAGUGUGUCGGCGCGCCCCGUCUGCCCGGUCUGGUCUCUGGAGGCCAGCCUGGGUUUCCCUCAUGUAUGGCAAGAACCCCACGCGCGUGUUUUUGCUACUCCUUGGCUUACAGCUCACAGCUCACUGGCCUACGGCGGCGGCUGUGGAAAUUUACACCUCCCGGGUGCUGGAGGCUGUUAACGGGACUGAUGCACGCUUAAAAUGCACUUUCUCCAGCUUUGCUCCUGUGGGCGAUGCGCUCACGGUGACCUGGAAUUUUCGUCCUCAGGAUGGAGGACCAGAGCAGUUUGUAUUCUACUACCAUGUGGAUCCUUUCAAGCCCAUGAGCGGGCGGUUCAAGGACCGGGUGGCCUGGGACGGGAACCUUGAGCGCUAUGAUGUUUCCAUCUUGCUCUGGAAGCUGCAGUUCGAUGAUAAUGGGACAUACACCUGCCAGGUGAAGAACCCACCUGAUGUGGAUGGGCUGAUUGGGGAGAUCCGGCUGAGCGUUGUGCACACUGCACGCUUCUCUGAGAUGUACUUCCUGGCUCUGGCCAUUGGCUCGGCCUGCGGACUGAUGAUCAUCAUUGUGAUCGGGGUGGUCCUCUUCCAGCAUUUCCGGAAAAAACGAUGGGCCGAAGAAGCUAAUAAAGUGGUGGAGAUACACUCAAAAGAAGAGGAAAGGCUCAACCAAGCAAAAAAGGUGUCAGUGUAUUUGGAAGAUAUAGAUUAACAUUCCUAGAAGGAAGCUGAAGGUUUCCAAGAACAAGAUCCCUGGUAGUCCUUAAAGUUAAUGGAAACACGGCUUUGGCUUUUCCCUUGUGACAUGUUUUCUAACCAGUCCUGCAGCAGAGAACCACCUAGAUAAGCAACAGGCGCCUGGAGACGCUCCAGGACUCUUCCUGAACAAACACCACCAGAUUCACAAGCCUCACGGAGGAGGUUUUAUUUGACUGCAGAGUACACAUAUUGCUCAAAUGCUCAGUAGCUUUUGAAAACUGAGAAGCCACUUUUUUGUUCCUAAUCCUGAUCCUUCAGGAUUAUGACUUAUGUAUCCAUUUAUUAACAGUCAAUCCUAAACUCAAAUUGUCAAAACAGCAGCUGGAUUUUUAUGGUUCACCUUUAAUAGGGAACACAACUU